AAUAAAGGCAGGGAUGUCGCUCAAUGAAAUAUUAAUUCCAUCCGAGUUGUAAGGUGGUACAGCUGUGGGGUAGAAGAUACACUGUAAACUAGUGUUCCGCGGGCGAUCGGGCAGUAAGGAUCGAUACGACUUCCUCCGCGAUCUGAAUACCUGCUUUGUGUUCGCUUUAACUGUCAAGUGAUUUGCACAUUCCGGACAUAAAGGUUGUGGUUCGGUCCUGUCCGAGCUAGGUCGUGUCAAUGAAAGCGUUUUGUCUGAGGUUGAGAAAUAGCUCUUCCUUACUGCAGACAUUCAUUAUUGCUUUCACGUUGUAGCACAUGUUCCGUUGAAUAACUCGCCGUCGGUAUUAGUGGAAGCUAUAUAUGGAGCCUGUCCAGCACCGCUGAUUGAAAUACGGGAACUUGUUGAGAGAGAAACAGACGGCCGUUGACAGAAAAGCAGGCUAUCGUUGUACAAGUGAAGGUUGAUAGUGGUUUCUCCUGGUAUGUCAGUGUGGGACUGUGAUACACACCUGAGAGCGCGGGGAACUAGAUAAAGGACCUGCUUGGCCUACUGUCAGUGUAUUGUCGUUCUCAUGCCCGAGGGGGGCGAGCGUGCCACAUACUACACCGCCGUACAUGAAAUACAACUGCAACAAGAUCAAACAAGGGCAGUCACUAUUCAUUUAUUUUCAUAUCCCUGAACAUCAUGAAGUUGACGCCUGACCACGUGGAAGAGACAUUAGCUGUAGUGAAACUGCCCAACUUUGAGGAUAAGUACGACGUUAGUACAGUAACGUACGACAACAUGAAACGUUUCCACGGUGAAGUGCAUAUGGAACCCACGCUCACACCUGUACACCACAAAGAUACUAUCAUACUGUUUAGUAACUGCACAAAGAAACGAUUUGUGAGCCACACGUAUUAUGAACCUAAAGUGAAACCAAGACACUUCUCCGAGACAUUGGUGAUAUAUCCCAAACGUCCGUGUAAGGUGUUCGCCUCUUGUAUGGACUACCAUAUAGAUGAGUGUCGGAAAUGGUACCGUACGAGCAUGGAGUUCACUGCACGGACAUUCACAACUAAAAGAAUUCAGAAACGUAAAAUGGACAAGCAAACAUCAUCAAAGACUGACAGCAAAUGUUUCAGUGAUCCCGAUGGACCAGGAGCUUCCACGAUACUCUUGCCGAGAUACAACAGAGAUAAGACGGCGGAGAAAGAAGAUGUUACAAUCCAAAACAUUAAUCUCAUGAACGCAGGAUUAGUGAACGGUUAUAACGGACUCAGUAAUGGCCAUAUUGUGAACGAGGACAUGUUGAACGGGGAGCUAAUGAACGGGGAUAUUCUAAUACCAGGUAUAGAGAGCCAUAGAUGGGUAUAAGGUGUGAUGAUAAUGGGGAUAUUCUAAUAUCAGGUAUAGCGAGUCAUAGAUGGGUAUAAGGUGUGAUAACAAUGGGGAUAUUCUAAUACCAGGUAUAGAGAGUCAUAGAUGGGUAUAAGGUGUGAUAACAAUGGGGAUAUUCUAAUACCAGGUAUAGAGAGCCAUAGAUGGGUAUAAGGCGUGAUGAUAAUGGGGGUAUGCUUAUACCAGGUAUAGCGAGUCACAGAUGGGUAUAAGGUGUGGAAAUAAUAGGGAUAUUCUAAUACCAGGUAUAGAGAGUCAUAGAUGGGUAUAAGGUGUGAUAACAAUGGGAAUAUUCUAAUAUCAGGUAUAGCGAGUCAUAGAUGGGUAUAAGGUGUGGAAAUAAUGGGGAUAUUCUAAUACCAGGUAUAGAGAGUCAUAGGUGGGUAUAAGGUGUGAAAACAAUGGGGAUAUUCUAAUACCAGGUAUAGCGAGUCAUAGAUGGGUAUAAGGUGUGAUAACAAUGGGAAUAUUCUAAUACCAGGUAUAGCGAGUCAUAGAUGGGUAUAAGGUGUGAUGAUAAUGGGGAUAUGCUUAUACCAGGUAUAUAAAGUCACAUAUACUGAGAAACGCUUAGUGCUACGGUCUAAAAAGUGAUACCUCUCAGGAACUUAAACCAAGACAUAACAUUGGGGAACAAGGAUUAUUCUUGUAACUUGUACAGAGAGCCAAAAUAAGGAUAUGGUGGAACUGUCUUUUCCAUUGUCAAUGUACUAAGACAUUGGUUUAGAGAACUGAGCUACAGUUCCCUUUCCAUGUAUAUUACUAAUUUCCUCAAAUUCUGAUAAAAAUACAAUGAAUUCAC